AUGCACCGUGGGCAGGCACAUUUACGCACGGGGUUAAAGGAUCUACUGUAGGCACACCUUGGGAUUGUUGGAUGCGAGGACUGCAGCUUGUAUCAAGACUAUGGUUUGGGUCUGAGUGCAUUAACACCAUGCAGCUACACCCCACAUCCUGAACUUCUGGGACGUUUGCGCUCCGAGACAAGACUAAGAUUUCGUGCAAGAUCUAGAAAAAAAUGGCACUGAGCGAAAACUGCAAAACGCAACCCGCAAAAGAGCAAGGCUCUGUGCAAAACCCUCCAUCGGAUGUUAUUGAGCUAAACGUGGGUGGACAGGUGUAUUACACUCGCCAUGCCACCUUGACAAGCUUUCCAAAUUCCUUACUUGGGAAGCUGUUCUCUAACAAGAAGGGGUCUUCAAAUGACUUGUCCCGGGACCUUAGAGGACGUUAUUUUAUUGACAGAGAUGGCUUUCUGUUUCGGUAUGUGUUGGAUUACCUUAGAGACAAGCAAGUUGUCCUCCCUGACCACUUCCCCGAGAGAGGAAGGUUGAAAAGAGAGGCGGAAUACUUCCAGCUGCCAGAAUUGGCCAAACUUUUGUCGUCUGAGGAUUCAAAACUAUGUCCUGACGACUUGUACUACAGUGAUUUCGAUGAUGCGUCGCAGGGCAGCGACCAGAGGUUUUAUCCCUCUUACUCCUUGGACAGGAGGUACGGCUACAUCACGGUCGCUUUCAAAGGCGUUUGCGCUGGGGGAGGCAGAGAAAGUCAAACUGAUGCCAAGGCCAAAAAGUUACCGCGGAUCUUCAUUAGCAGUAGGAUUGGCUUGGCGAAAGAGGUAUUUGGAGACGCCCUGAAUGAGAACAGGGACUCGGACCGACCACCGGACCAUUACACUUGCAGGUUCUACCUCAAGUUCAGACACCUGGAGAGAGCUUUUGACAUGCUGUCAGAGUGCGGCUUUCACAUUGUGGCCUGCAAUUCGUCCCUGACUGCGUCCUCCAUCGGUCAUUACGCGGAUGACAGGGUCUGGUCCAAUUACGCACAGUACAUCUUCUACCGUGGGCCCUCACGAUGGCCGUCCUCUCACUGUGACUGCUGCUGCAAGAGCCACAAAAGCGAGCGUGAGGGAGAGAGCGGCACUUCUUUCAACGAGCUCUCCACCUCUUGUUCUGAGACCCAGUCGGAGGCCAGCUCCCCUCAAGGAACCGUGGUCUGUGGCCCCGUGAGCCGGCGGGGCAACAUCCAGACGCUGGACCGUCCCAUGCCUAAAGGACCAGUUCAUAUGCUGCAGCAGGCAGAGAUGCGCCGCAAGACGGAAAUGCUCCGUGUGAGAACCUUCGGGGUCCGAGAACGAGAGGCUGCAAAGAGGAAAGCGAACAAAGAGAAGAUGACUCCCGAGCAGGAGCUGGAGAAAUGCAUCCAGGACUUCCGGCGCAUUAGGAUUCCCGAUCGCUUUCCAGAGAGGAAGUACAUGUGGCAAUCAGAGCUCCUGAGAAAGUACCGUCUCUGAAUAUGAGUGUGAAGAAAGAAGAAAGAAGAAAGAGAGAUUAUAGUGUCAUGUCAACAUGAAUGAAGAGUAUUAUUUGCAUAGGCAAUAGACAGCACCCUCUAAGACACAUACUGUACUGUAUUAGAAAAAAAGUAAAGAAACUAUGGCCACUUUCCCGCCAGCAUGACUAGCUGAGCACACAAGGUACAAGGCAGUGUGAGUCCUUGAUCUGUAAAGUAUGCACAGUGUUGUGUAUGAUAUGCACAUGUGUAAAUCAGGUUUCUCUGGGGCUUACAUCAGUAACCCUGUUCUCACUACAGAGAGUCGGGAACCAGUCGUACUAAAGGCUACUAUGUCACUAGUUGAAGCAACAAAGCAACCUCAGGGGCAACAUCGUUUCAAUCCAUCAACCUAUCACAUACUGUAUGUGCAAUUGCCCACAAUAGCUGUUUUUUAAAAAAUGGAUGUACCCAGAUGGUGCUGUGAGUUAGCAAUGGAAUAUCACUUAAACUCCACUGAUAACACAUAUACUUGUAGUAGGCUUUGAUAACGGCACUGCAUGUCAUUUCACCCUUAGCAUAAUUAUGCAAUAUCAAGACAAACGUUCAAUUCACUAUUUUGUGUGUUGGGUAUAAAUGGUGACUGAAAUUAACUUAAAUGAAGAAAGCACUGCCUAGAUCUGUAAAACUUUUUGUCCAAUGUUGUCAUUAUGUGUUGGAUAGAUGAUGUUGUGUAGGUAUAUAACGCCAAUGGAUAUUUGACUAAUCCUUGAUUGUAAGUGUGCAAAAAAGCUAAUAAAUGGGUAAGAAUUGUA